AAUGUUAGCCAUCAGACCUCUGACCUCAACUAUAUGCUGGAUGAUCUCAUGUGCGGUUGCGGAUAUUCCGUUCAAGUGGUUGCAAUGGAUGACAACUGUUCCAGUAUUCCCAGUCAAGUUUUGGUAUUUGACGCAGCUCCAUGCCCUCCUCAAAAUGUCAGCACCCAACUCAGCUGCAUGUCCAAUAACUUGACGGUUUCUUGGGACUCCGUCGGCUAUGCGGACUACUUCUUAGUUGCGGUACACGAGGACAACAUACAAGGAAGCAAUGAGACCUUUAACACGACCAGCAACGAAUGUUCCACCAGUCCCCUAAACUGUGGAAGUAGUUACACCAUCCAAAUCACGGCAGUCAAAGGAAAUUGCCAAAUCCGACCCACUCAGAACUACAGCACGUUGUCAGCUCCAUGCCAGCCUCAGGGCAUCCAAGGCAGCCUUGACUGUGUGACCAAUUCGGCCUGGAUCUCAUGGGACUCCGCCUUGGGUGCUGACUCCUACACCGUUUCGGCGAUUGGAGAAGACGCCAGCACGGCCAACUGUACCACCUGGACCAACAUCUCCUGCGAGGUUGAGGACCUGGCAUGUGGCAUUCUUUAUAACUUUAGCGUGACUGCCAAAAACAGCCAGUGUGACAGUUAUCCCAGCACCACCAUUGAAUUGCAAACAGCCCCCUGCUCCCUCUCGGGCAUCACAGCCUUCACUGAAUGCCACAAUGGUUCCAUCAUUGUCAUCUGGGAGCUUGUGGAAGGCAGUGAGGGAAACACCGUGUACAUCGCCACGGCGGAGGCUAGCGACCACACGUACCUCUACUGCAACAGCACAGGCACCAACUGCACCCUGCAAGGGGCACAGUGUGACCUCUACUACACCAUCAUCAUUGCCGCUUCAUCAGAUUCGUGCAGCAGUUUGAGAAGUCCACCUUAUAGAAUAAGCAUGGAACCGUGUCCACCAAGAGAGGUGAAUGUCAGUGCUUCGUGCGAGGACCGCAGCGCCCUGGUGUCCUGGACCCGCUCCCCGGUGGCUGCAACUUACCAAGUAGUCGCGAUGUCUGCGGACGGACAUACGCACACUUGCGGCGACUCCUCCACCAACUGCACCUUGACUGAGCUGCAUUGUGACGAGCAGUACGCAGUCCACGUGACAGCCAGUCAUGAGAACUGCACCAGCAUGGCCAGUCACAAUGUUACCUUCAGCACAGGUCCAUGUCAGCCUGAGGAUCUCUCGGUAACCUUCCACUGCAGUAACCAGUCUGCAGUGCUCUCGUGGACCCCCAGCGAUAAUGCCGUGGACUACUACGGCUGCGCGCAAGCGCCGAGUGGAGAGAUGCUCUACUGUUACAGCACCUACUCCACCUGUACCAUUCCCAAUCUGGACUGCGGGACUUUGUAUAACUUCUCCGUACAGGCCUCGGACGGCACGUGCAACAGCUCCUUUAGCGAGCCUGUGCAAAAAGGAGCAGUCCCGUGUCCUCCAGAUAGUGUUGAAGUGCAGCCUUUCAUGAUGUCCAUGGAGAUCCAGACAUUGCGAUUCACCUGGACGGAAAUAAGCUGCGCAGACACAGAGUACCUGUUGAGGUUAUCGGGGACCCUGCUGGGAAACAGCCAGGCCCAGUUUGAGGUGUCUUCUUAUUGGACAAACAUGACCGCGUUUGAGAUCCCGCUUCCCUGCGGUUCUUCCUACUCGGCCACAGUGGAGAGCAGGAACACGGCUGGAACCGGCGACCAGUCUGUGCCUCUUAAUGAUACAACAGCUCCAUGUCAGCCAACCAUGGUGAUGUACAGUAGCAACAUCACAGUCGCCAGAGUUUCCUGGAGCCCUUCCAUGUUUGCCACCACAUACUUUGUAUACAAGCACAAUAUCUCACUCAGCUCCCGACUGUGCACCACCACCGGCCUGUCCUGCUUUCUGCUGGUCAACAUCGACUAUUCAGACCUGCUGGUCACGGCCAGCAACGCAGCCGGGGAAAGCCAAGGAUCGACGGUUACGAGUGUGGUGGCGCAUGUCAGAAAGAGAGACAUCAGUGAGAGUGACGGUCUUUCCGCCCCUGUGUUAAACGUCACACUACUUACCAGUGUAAUGGUCAUGGCGGAGUGGCCCCAAGAGGACGUUGCCAACGACGCAGCUUACAGGCUGAUGAUCAAGCCGCAGGCCCAAUCGGAGUCACCUCAGGAACUGACGGUACUCGGGUCAAGAUACAUCCUCACUGGACUGAGCCCCAACUCCACUUACUGCCUCACCGUGGCUGCCAGGAAAGAGGCUGAUGUUGGACCGGAGUCAGAUCCUGUGUGCUUGGAAACUGGACAAGGCAGUUAGUAGUCAUUGUAUACAGCUUCACAUUGACACACAAGCCUGAUCACAAUGUGACAAAUCAAAUCACCCUAACUUUAGACGCAAUCUUUUGGGACUCUACAUUAUUUUUAAUUGGCUGAAAAUGUAUACUGCGGGGUUUUGUCUAUUCACUUAAUUUAUAUAUUAGUCCUGAAAAAUUUACCAAAAAUUGUUCAAAUAUUGUGUUUUGUUUCAGAAUGUUCUAAUAAAGAAACUAAAUAUU